AUGGAUUUGGAAUGGAUGGAAUUCGCUGAAGGGUGGGAGUGGCAUGCACUGAAUUAUGUGAAUCCUCUUCCUCCUAUGAUACCUUACCCAUCUUACUGUGUCAGUCGUCGAUGUGGAUGGUGUCGCUUUUCGAUCAAGCCCGGCGACCUCAUCACAGCCAGAGCAUCUGGUGGCACUGAAACCGUUGCCUUUGAAUCGUGCGAUUCCUUCAACGAUGAAAAGUUGCAUGCAACUUUCAGGCGCUGCACAAGUGAUCACGAGUCAUGUGCAACAAUCGGAUACCACGUCGAAUGCUCCGAGAUAGCUUCAUCAUUCGGGCUUGACAAGAGAGCCUUUGUGCAAGUUGCUCGAUAUUCUUACGAGCCUUCGGUUCAAGAAGAUGAGCGGCGACGGGAGUGGAUUCUGAACCACUUGCACCAGAUCAUGAGUGAAAAGUUCACAAGUCUACCACCAGAGAUACUGCUUAUGAUAAGCAAACAUCUGGUCCCUCACUAUGCGAUAGCUUCACUGUCUCAUGUCUCUCGGUCGAUUCAAUGCACGAUCGAGCCAUUGAAGGAUGUAUGGGCUACUCAUUUCGACCUGGACGGCAUUGAGUAUAUAGCUUCCUUGUCGAACAUACCAAAGCCCGGAAGCCGUUUAGUCUGGAGAGAGAUCAAGGGCCAGGAGGAGAACUAUCUUUUCAUCUCAGAAGAUCAUCUCGGUAUUCGACAGAUCGUUAACGAUCCUGGAGCUGUUACAUCGGUACAAGGUAGUUCAGGCUGGUGGCGAACACUCCCGAUCACCAGCACAGUCCUCUCAUUCUCUGAUGAUGGCCUCAAAUUGCGCAGUUUUGCUGCCGCUCCAUUGAAUCCUACCAUCUGUUGGCCGUAUCCCAUGGCCCCGGAUGCGUUGAAAAGUAUGGCUUAUCACGUCACAAAAGACUCAUCUCCAAGUCUCGGUAUGACUAUAGAAGCUCGCAUGGUGGCUUUGGAGUUCAACGAGCCUGAGAUCACGGGAUACUCUGCUUGUUGGUACAAGGACCAGCUGGUCGAUCUUCAUACGCACAAGGCUGGAGAGUCCUUGGCUUUUUAUCGUGAGCUGGACGAAAUGGCGAAGCAAAAGUUAGCCAAAGAAAAGUCAGACGACUCGACCGCAAGUCCAGCGCCUCAUUGGACUUACCAUCCAUUGAAUCCCGGAGAACGUGUUGAGCAAGUCUGGUUGCGUUCAAGAAAAGAAGUAGACGAGAAGGACACAACUGAAGACGAAAGACGGCCAAAGACAUCAGAUACUGCCAAUGGAACUGCGAUAUCGCUGGUCACUAAUCAGUCGAGAACACUUACCAUAGGAAGAAGCAGUUCACCACACAGCGAGUGGAAAUGCAUAGCCAAAGAAUCAACGGAUAUUCCAACGCUAGUGUACUUUAGCCCUCGUCUCGGUGGUAUUUCUUUGUUCGCAUCGCCCACUGUGAAGGGAAGUGACAAGGAGACCUUGCCAGCAGGACUCGCACCCGAACCCGAAACAGAUCUUGUUGAGACCCCAGGAGUCUCGCUCGAUGCUGUGAGAGAGGUUCAGAUCUGCAGAGAACAAUCUGAGAAAGUGACCAGUUCAAUAUCCGGCCUCUUGUUUCUAUACAAAGAUGGAAGCCAGGCAUGUAUGGGCAAGUUUCGUUUCGAUCAUGCGAAAGAGAUUGUGCCUGUUGCCGAUUUUACGUGCUUCUAUCUCGGCACCAGAUACUUGGGUCAAGGUAAUCAAGUCUUGGGGGAGUUCUGUUUAUCGAAGCCAGAGUAUGAGGAUAAACCACUGGAGUGGAAGAGUACUCUAUGGAAAGGAAGUUUUCCACGGGAGAUCAUGCUAUUAAUGGACAAUUAA